CCCCAUCCUGUCUUUGCUUGUCCCUCUCUCUAAGGCAUCAGAACAGGACUGCAGGGAGCACUGAGCCCAGUUUACCAAGCUUUCCAGCUGGAGGCCUGGCCAUGGCAGCUCUAAGGCCACUUCUGCUGCUGGCCUUAAUGGCAUGGGCUGUUCUGGCCGACCAAGAGUCAUGCAAGGGUCGCUGCACUGAGGGCUUCAACCAAAACAGAAAAUGCCAAUGUGAUGAGCUCUGCACUUACUAUCAGAGCUGUUGCUCUGACUACAAGACUGAGUGCAAGCCCCAAGUGACUCGCGGGGACAUGUUUGUUUUGCCGGAGGAUAUGUACGGGAACUAUGAGGACUACGAGACUAGAGACAAUGCCGGUGUCCACACCCAGAGUCCUCACCUGCCAGCUCAGCCAGGGAGUACUUCUGAGCAGAUGCCGGUUUUCAAACCCAAGGGAGAGACCCUAAGACCUACUCAGGAGACCCUAGAGCAUGAGACAGUGACCCAAGGCUCUGAGUGGGGGAGCCUAUGGCACGAGACCACUGACAUGGGCAACCUGGAUUCCCCAGUAGAGGAGCUGUGCAGUGGGAAGCCCUUUGACGCCUUCACUGACCUCAAGAAUGGUUCCCUCUUUGCCUUCCGAGGCCAAUACUGCUACGAGCUGGAUGAAAAGGCAGUGAGACCUGGGUACCCCAAGCUCAUCCGAGAUGUCUGGGGCAUCGAGGGACCCAUUGAUGCUGCCUUUACCCGCAUCAACUGUCAGGGGAAAACCUACCUCUUCAAGGGGAGUCAGUACUGGCGCUUUGAAGAUGGCAUUCUGGACCCUGAUUACCCCCGAAACAUCUCUGAAGGCUUCAGUAGCAUUCCGGACAAUGUGGAUGCAGCCUUUGCCCUGCCAGCUCAUAGCUACAGUGGCCGGGAGCGGGUCUACUUCUUCAAGGGGAAACAGUACUGGGAGUAUGAGUUCCAGCAGCAGCCCAGCCAGGAGGAGUGUGAAGACAGCUCCCUAUCCACUGUGUUCGCACACUUUGCCCAGAUGCAUCAGGACAACUGGAAGAAAGUCUUGGAGAUUCUCUUCUGGGGCAGAUCCCCUGGUGGUGCUAGCGAGCCCCAGUCCACCAGCAAGGACUGGUCUGGAGUGCCCAGCCAAGUGGACGCAGCCAUGGCUGGCCGCAUCUACAUCGCAGGCUUGUCUCCUCGGGUUGGGUCCUCCUGGAUCCGUAAGCCCAAGAGUAAGCGUCGCAACCGUAAACGCUACCGCUCCCACCAAGGCCGGAGCCGCGCCCGCAGCCAGUCCCGCCGUCGACAGUCCCGUUCCAUCUGGCUGUCCUGGUUCUCCAGUGAGGAGCUGGACUUGGACCUGGACACCUACAACUAUGAUGACUCCAAGCUGGAGUGGCUGGUGCCUGACACCUGUGAACCCAUCCAGAGCGUCUACUUCUUCUCAGGAGAUAAGUACUACCGAGUCAAUCUUCGCACACGGCAUGUGGACACUGUGAACCCUCCCUACCCACGCUCCAUUGCCCAGUACUGGCUGGGCUGCCCAGCCCCUGGCGGCAAAUAGGGGUUCACAUUCACAGAGGUGGGAUAUCCACCUGUGCCCUCUUCAGCCAAAUAGCCCCAACCCAAUAAAGACAACUGUAGCUCUGA